UACAAAGCAGUUUCAUAACCAGAAUCCAGUUUCUUUCAACAGGACACAAGCCCCGGUGUAAAGCUUCUUCAGUCUUUCGUAGAGGAUCUACACCUGCCGAAGUCAUGGGUUCCACCAACAGUGUCCUGUCUGAAGAUCAGCUCCAGUGCUCUAUCUGUCUGGAUGUGUUCACUGAUCCAGUCUCUACUCCAUGUGGACACAACUUCUGCAUGGUCUGUCUCAAAGAGUUCUGGGACAGCAGUGUGAACUACCAGUGUCCAGUUUGUAAGGAGGAAUUCUCCAAAAGGCCAGAGCUACGUGUGAACACGUUCAUCUCGGGACUGGCUGCUCAGUUCAAGGAGGCACUUCAGCUGAACUCCAGCAACACUGCAGGGCAACUCUUCUUUAAGUCGAAGAAGGUGCUGUGCGACUCCUGCACUGGCAAAAAGCUGGAGGCUGUAAAGUCCUGUCUGGACUGUGGAGUAUCUUACUGUGAGACUCAUCUGAUGCCUCACCAAACUGCAGCUAAACUCAAGAAACACCAACUGAUGGACCCUGUGGAGAACCUGGAGGACUACAUCUGCCAGAAACAUGAGAGACCCCUGGAGCUGUUCUGUAGAGACGACCAGACGUGUGUGUGUCAGUUCUGCACUGAGACAGACCACAAGACUCACAGCACUGUUCCUAUAGAGAAGGAGAGUCGGGCAAAGAAGGCUGAGUUGGGAGAGACACAAGCAAAAGUUCAACAGAUGAUCCAUGACCGACUGAAAAAGAUUGAGGAAAUCAAACACUCUGUAUACAUCAAUAAAAAAAGCACAGAGAAAGAGAUAGCAGAUAGUGUGGAGGUCUUCAGAGCUCUGGUGCGCUGCAUUGUGAGAAGCCAAGCUGAGCUGCUUGAGGUGAUGGAGAAGAAGCAGGAAACGGUAGAGAGGCAGGCUGAAGAGUUCAUUAAAGAGCUGGAGCAGGAAAUCACUGAGCUAAAGAGGAGAGGCACUGAGCUGGAGCAGCUUGCACAAUCAGAUGACCACAUCCACCUCCUACAGGUUUACCCAUCACUCUGCAGUCCUCUGCAGUCCAAGAACUGGAACAAUAUCAAUGUUAAUACAAAUCUGAGUGUGGACACUCUGAGGAGAGCUCUGUCUCAGCUUCAGGAAUCACUUGAUAAGAAAACAGAGAAUCUUGUUGAGAUUGAACUGAACAGAAUCCAGCAGUAUGCAGUGGAUGUGACUGUGGAUCCUGAUUCAGCUCAUCCUGCUCUAAUCUUGUCUGCUGAUGGGAAACAAGUGAGACACGGAGACUCACAACAAAAUCUACCUGAAAAUACCCGGAGGUUUGACAGCUCCCCCUGUGUUCUGGGAAAGGAAGGGUUCGCCUCCAGGAGAUUUUACUAUGAGGUUCAGGUCAAAAGAAAAACUAAGUGGGUUUUGGGAGUGACCAGAGAGUCCAGCAACAGGAAGGGAGAGAUUACAGCCAACCCUGAGGAUGGAUACUGGAGUAUUUGUCUGAGGAAUAAGACUGAAUAUGAGGCCCUGGACUCUCCCUCUGCCCUUCUCUCCUUGAAACAAGCCCCACAGAAGGUGGGGGUGUUUGUGGAUUAUGAGGAGGGAUUGGUCUCCUUCUAUGAUGUUGAGGCCAGGUCUCAUAUCUACUCUUUCACUGGUCAGUCUUUCACUGAGAAACUCUAUCCAUAUUUCAACCCCUGUUCCAAUGACGGACGCAAAAAUUUAGCACCACUGAUCAUCACAUCUGUCGUUCUUCCUAAGUGAAGGUAUGUCUCAAGUGAUGACUCUACCAGUAGGAGGCUAAAUAGUCAGCUCAAUAUUUUACACCUUUACUAGGACUUUUACCUUUGUCAAGAUGAAAAGAUAAAAAAGUGAAUUCUGUCAUUCAGCUGAGCCUGUAAAACUUUUUAUGUGCACAAAAUACCUCUUCAUGCCCACAGAAAUCUUUUGCCAGUAGGAUAUAAUUUCACAAAAGUCAAAGGGUUUGUGACCCCGUGAGUAGAUGAAGAUAGUUACGUUAAACAUGUUACUAUUGUUUGCUAGUUUGUUCCUGUACCAAACAAUCUGAAGAAGUGAAACCUACAAAAAUAAAAGAACAUGAAUCACAUAAACAAA